CUCUUUUAAUCUUUGUAUAUUUAUACGACACCGGCUUCCUGGAGGACGAUUAGAAAGAAGAAUACUCACCUGUUAUUGUUUAUCCAGUCAUGCAGUUAUUUAUUCAUCUGAUUCAGUGAGUUGAACAACAAACGCAUUAUCCCCGGACGUUGACUUCGACAUAAAGUGCUAGAUUACGUUUUGUUUUGGUGACACCGACAGACGCAGCCACAUCAUGUCAGGAUUAAAAUAUCACAUGUCACUGCCGGUGGCUGUGGGUGUCCUGGUGGUCGGCCUCCCAUACUCCAUCUCUCUUGUUGCCCAGUGGGCUUAUGGAUGGCCCAAUAAGCCUGGAUAUAAGAAGUACAUAGAAGCUCUAAAACCAAGGCGAAUAUACUGUUUGACCAUAGCUGUCCUGGAAAGUCUCAAGUAUCUGCAGUAUGGGAGACUUUACUUUCAGGGGAAGUCUUGGUACACGAAUGACAACAAUCAUAUGCAUUGUGAAAAAGCCAUUGUCUUUGGUCGUCGAGGCAACAAGCUGGACUUCUACCACCCACCAAACAAGCCCGAAGGUGCUCCUGCCCCGCUGGUAGUUUUCAUCUAUGGGGGUGCGUGGGGAUCAGGAGAAAGAGCCACAUACUGUCUGCUGGCCAGACACAUGGCUGAAGAACUGAAUGCACCUGUCAUUUGUCCAGAUUACUGCACCUAUCCAAAGGGGAAUGUUUUAGGAAUGGUACAAGAUAUCGCUGACUGCUUGGUCUGGGCCCAAGAGAGCGGACAGAAGUUCAACUUUGACAAAGACAAUGUCGUGUUAAUUGGCCAUUCAGCAGGUGCACACCUGUGUGCUUUGACCACGCUGUUUCUCACCGACACAAGAGAGGAGCUGUUCAUUGAGGCCAAUAAACAACGGGAUAUUACAAUGGCGAUCAAAGGAGUUAUUGGUCUGAGUGGCGUGUACAACAUCAUGGACCACUAUGAGCAUGAGCAGAAGCGAGCAGUUGAAUACGUGUCCACUAUGCACAAAGCCAUGAAUGGAGAGGAAAACUUUCCAUACUACUCACCAUCACACUCACUAAAAACACUCAGCCAGGACAAACUUAACAGGGUGCCUCCAUUUGCUCUGCUCCAUGGGACCAGUGACACUGUCGUUCCCGUUGAAUCGUCCACAAAGUUCUCUGAACUUCUCACCUCGCUGUCAGUGAAAGUGUCACUUUACCUGCUGCCGAGAGUCAAUCACGUUGAGAUUGUGACUGACCUCAUGGCAUCAGACAGACGCUUCUACCAUCCCAUCUACAGCUGUGUCAAACAGGAGUACAGGAAACUUACGGGAACCUGCUGACGCCAGUCACCGUGAAAGACAUUUUAACUGCUCAUUCCUUACUAAUAUUAAAUGAUUGUGCCACUUAACAGUAUCUACUCUUAAUACCUCAUGAUGACUCAUAUUUAGCCUUUAUGUUUUUGCUUGUGAUUCCAUUAAAUGUGAACUGAAGAGACUGCAGUGCAUAUGUCUUGGAGAGGUUUCACCCACACUACAGUGUACACAAAUAAGUAAACUUGAAAUGAAUUAAUUUUAACCAUACACAUAAAACUAAAUCUUAAUCCUUAAAAAAAGAAAGAAAACAAAAAAAACACCUUAUAGUUAUGAGGACCUGUAAAAUAUAAAGAUGGGAUUUGAACCAAAAUUUGUAUUAUCGUGUAUUAAGUUUUAUAUAUAGAUAAACUAUAUAUAAAAAAUAACUUGUUGUUGUUGCAUUUAUGAAAUUUAAGAACUAUACAAAAAGAAAACACCAAAAACAUAGGCCUGUCUUGAAAUAAACCACAUAACGUUGUUGAUCUAUUUCAGUCCUUCUGUAUUUGUGGAAAAUUGAUUUAAAAUAAAGUAACCCACUUUGAAAUAA